UAAACAAUCACAAGUGGCAAGAAGUGAGCCAACAUUAAACAGCUGUGUUUUUAGACUGCACGCCAAGAUGACGCUGUGAAAUGGGGACUUUCACAGAGUGCACGUAAGAUUUUUUAGUGUAACAUGGCUCAAGGAGGGGAACCAGAUGAGGUGCUAUCCAAGCCCAUCCAGGCGGAAGAACACAGACAUUUGCGGUGGCUUAUACUUGACGGCAAAACAUUUGCAUGGAGUCAUGGCCGGGACCAGGGAUACUCCUACAAAGGUAUCACCCUGGCUGUUGACAGCCUCAGGGAUAUGGGUCACAGAAAUCCUCUCAUCCUCUGUGUGCCGGAGUGGAUGACACAACAUGAAGAAGCACACAACUUAAAUCAGCUCCAGGACAAGGUCUUGCUGUUCAUUACACCCGCCUGCUCCGACUUUAUUGAAGCUAGUGAAAUAAGCUUCAUGGACGCACUGGCCAAGAAAAUUGAUGCCCUCAUUGUUACACAAACAGGUCCAGACACCUGGAUUGAAUCAUGUAACAGAAGAAUUCUACAAUUCGCUUUGACAAAUGAUUUCUUCAUGCUGCCAAGGGACCCAAGGGGAAAACGUGGACCAACACUUCAGGAGAUGCUUCAAUCAGACAGAGUUCCAAAUGAACAGAAAGUUAAAUAUGAGAUAUCCAGUCUCACUGAGACAUGGAAGAAGUAUUGUGGGAUCCUGAAGGGACCACUGGAAUCCUUUUCUGUUAAACAAAGACAAGAUCCAAUCUUCAUCAUAGAUGGAAGCAAUGUGGCAAUGACUCAUGGCCUACACAGAUUCUACUCAGGCCGUGGCAUCUACCAGGUGGUUAUGCACUUCUUGCGUGAGGGUUAUCGUGUCAAUGCUUAUGUGCCAAUCUGGAGGAAAUACUCUAAGAACACAGUCUAUGGUAUUUUAUUCUUAUCAUCUGUUGACAUCUUCAGAUCAGUAUACAUGUAUUUCUACAUUUUUAUUGUUAAAAUGAAGUUUUAUUUCACAGAACAUAAACUUCUACAGCUGCUGUACCAGCAUGGUUUUGUGACCUACACUCCCAGCAUGGCUUAUGAUGAUAGGUUUAUCCUUGAGGAGGCCAAGAAUAAACGUGGAUAUAUUGUCUCAAAUGACAAAUUUAGAGAUGCUCCCCAAGAAUACAUCAAUACGAUUCAGAGGUGCAUCCGUUUCAGAUUUCAAGGAAACCACUUCAAGGUGCUUCCAAAUCCAUGUCAGGCUGUUGACCACAUUGACGCACAAGUAGUGUACGAAAAGACAGCAUGGUCUAUCCACACACACUCUACCAAGGUUGAUGAUAACGAGGAUACUGACGCAACAAUAGUGUACGACAAAACAACAUGGAGCAUGGCCACACCCUCCACUGAGAUCCAUCAAGACCCACAGAUUCUGGCAUCCAGCAAGGUGUAUAGCCAUGGGAAGGCUAUUGUCCAAGAUGAGAGACUUACUCUGGCAAAAGCCAAGCCUAAGCAGGAACUACAACCAGCACUCUCAGGAGACUUGAGGGCUGAACAUCAGACAUCAUCACAAGAUUGUGGUGGAUUGAAAAAACCCACCUCAACAGGCCCAGGGGGUCUGGCAACAGCGGAACCAACAAUGUUGGAAACAGCGGACCAACAAGCUCACAUCAACACACUCAAAUCCGGCCAAAGAGGAACUGACAACAUCCGAAACAACAAAACAACAAGCUCACCUCAACAGGCCCAUGGAUCUAUCAACAGUGGAACAAACAACGUUGGAAACAGCGAACAACAAGCUCACUUCAACACAUGCACAUGGUCUGGCAACAUAGCAACCAACAGUGGGACCAAACAUUUUGAAAAUAGCAUCCCAACAAGUUCACCUCAACAAGCACAGGAGGUUCAUCAACAGCAGAACCAACGUCAAAAAGGGCGGACCAACAAACUCAACUCAACAUGCUCAAGGCCUCCGUCAGCAGUAGAGACAACGAUGAAAACAGUGGACCAACAAACUCACCUCAAUAUGCCCAAAAGUAGAAUCAACAGCGGAACCAACAAUGACGGAAACAGUGGAUUAACAAGCUCACCUCAAGGGGUCCGGCAACAAAAAAACCAGCAAUGGUGGAAUCGACGAAGUCGGAAACAGCGAACCAACAAGGUCACCUCAACUGGCUCAGGGGGUCUGCCAACAGCAGAAACAACAUCGGAAACAGCUGACCAACAAGCUUAUCUCAAUGCGCUCAUGGAAACCAACAACAUCAGAAACCAACAACAUCAGAAAUGGUGGACUGAAAAGCUUAUCGUUCUUGCUCUUAUUUCUAUUUUUCUAUUUUUUUUUUAUAUAUAUAAACUAGUCCAGAGUCCAUACAAAUUGGCCCCUUACAGUUAGUGUCUUAAGUAACUAUCAGCCAAUAUCAAAACUGCUAUUUUUGAGCUAAGCAAAGUCUUAGAAAAAGUUGUGUCUCUUCAACUAUCAUCUUUUUUUACCUGACAACAAAUUCUAUGCCAUUUUCAAUCAGGUUUCAGGGUAUUUCACAGUACAGAGUCUGCUGAAGGUGACCAAUGAUCAUUUCUGAUGUUGUUGGUUUCUGAAAAACCCACCUCGCAGAGUCUGUCCACAAUGUCGGAACCAGCAGGCCAACCAGCUCAGCUCAACAGGCCCAGGAGGUCUAGCAACAGCGGAACCAACAACAUUAGAAACAGCGGACCAAAAAAACUCACCUCAACACAUGGUCUGGCAACAGCGCAACCAACAUGUUGAAAACACCAUCCCAACAACUUCACCUCAAUAUGCUCAGGAGGUUUGUCAACAGCAGAUCCAGUAAAGGCAGAAGUGGAAGGACCAACAAGCUCACCUCAACAUGUUGUUGAUGUUUAUGUUUAUGGUUCUAAGCAAACAUUUUUGUCUGUUUGGAGAACAGACUUUAUUUGUUACUUUUGUCACAUUUGUCACUUUAUUUGUUUCCAGUUCACAGAGCCUGGGCUGUGUAUGAAGACAGUUUUUUUACGGUGUAUUCAGAGAAUGGCCAGCUAGUGAAUCAUGAGGAGAUAUUCCCCGAUUGUAAAAAUAGUGUUACAGCUUAGAAAUGCCAUAGAAUUGCUGAAAGUACCUUUAAAGGAACCGUAUGUAAGAAAUGUAAUUCAAUUAAUCAUAAAAUGACCCUGAUUUAUCACUAGACAUUAGGAAAUCAUGCUAAUUUCAAAUACUUAUAUCACUGACAACAGUAGUCCGGCCAGGAUAUUGUCAUUUAAAAAAGUGAAGUUGCAGCCCUCAACUGAUGUUGAUGUUUACAUAUUUGUGUUU